AUGUCAUAUGAGAAGCUUUUGGAUCAAACAGAAGAUGGUGUAGAUCCUAGAGUUCAAGUUGAAUUAGAAAGACUGAAUAGCUCAACUGAUGAAAUAAAUAAAUUAGAAGUAGAUUUAGAUGAAGCUAGAAAUCAAUUUCGUCAGUUGUUGCAGGAAAGUACUAGUCAAAUUGAGAGCUGUGCAAAAAAGUUAGGAAAUUGUAUUGUUAAAGUUAGGCCUUAUUAUGAUGCUAGGUUUCAAGCAAAGGAGGCUUUGCAAGAAGCUCAAAAGGCAGCUGCAAAUUUUGAAAGAGCCAAUUCAGCUCAUGCAGCCGCAAAAGAAAUGGUGUACUUAGCCGAAGAAGGUUUGAAAGCAGAGGGUAGAACUUUUGAUCAUGCUUGGCAGGAAAUGUUAAAUCAUGCUACAAUGAGGGUGAAUGAAUCUGAAGCAGAAAGAACAAAAUGUGAAACAGAGCACAAGAAAACAUCGCAAAAUUAUCAACUUAUCGAAAUGAAAGUUUGUGUCCUGCAAAAAGAAUUAAAGCGAGCAAUAACUAAAUCAAGGCCUUACUUUGAAUUAAAAAUUUACUACAAUCAACUUCUUGAAAAGCAAAAAGCAAAGGUUAAAAGUUUAGAAAAGCAAGUUGCAGAUGUUAAAUUAACUUAUUCUCAUACUCUUAAAAAUUUGGAACAAAUCAGUGAUGAAAUUCAUAGGACCAGGCAAAAAAAUAGACAAGUUAGAAGUAUAGAAUCUAAAGCGCCACCGGAUGGUAUGGAAUCAGAUAAUAGUUUUCCGUGUGAAAUUUGUCGUUUAAAAAAUAUAUCAGGCUGUGCCAAAAGUUACAAAUGCUUCCACGCGAAUCGAAAUAACGAUAAUAAAUUAGAAUCGGAAAUGGAAUCAGAUGGAAACACCGAUAAUUGUAAUAUUCGAGAAACAAAUAAAAUAUUAUCACCUGUAUCGGAAACUCAUUCGAGUAAUCCAACCUAUUCGUCAAAUACGAGAGUUUCUUCUCAGCCUGAUACCGAUACAUGUGAAAAUGAAUCAUCAUUAACAGGACCGCCCGAUACAGAAUCCGAAGAGGAAACUUUUAAAUUUUCCGAAACUCAUAAUUUCAAUGGUGGAUCCGUAUCUCGCGAUAACAACAUAAUUUCGGAUAUAAUGGGAUCCGGGGAUUCAAAAUCGAAAUCAAACGAAGUAUUUACCGAUGGUAUUUUCGGUUCGAAAAAUGUAAAAAUUUUCCAAGGAGACGAUGAUGAUUUGGAAAAAAAUUUCAAUUCAUCAUGUUUCGAAGGAAUCGGAAUAUGCAGUUUUCCAAUCGAUACGGAAUUAAAUAUUGAUUUUACUAAAAAAAAAUCACAAGUUCCUGAAAUAAGUUCGACUCAAAGUUGGACGGAAAUCAAAUUACAUUCGCCGGAAGAAGAAAUUUUUUCGACCGUUAAAUGCGUUCGCUCUGGUAAAAAUAAAAAUGAACUCGAAGAAGAAUUCGAUAUUCCUUAUUCACCUUUGACCACAGAACCGGAAGGUGAUAAUCCGAAUACGUUGAAAAAAGCCGGUAAAAAUUUGAACGAAGAUUCGUUUAACGGGAGUUUAAUGGCGAAAAAUGAAAAUUUAAACGACAUCGAAGGCUACGGUUCGAAAAGUUUGAAAGGAACACCGAAAAAGCUCAACAUUCGAAGGCAAAGCCUGGAUGUUUUAUGGAACAGUGCUGCUGGAGAAAAAUUCAAAGAGAUUUUAUCUCAGAGCAUAAUGAAAUUGAAUAUAUCAUCGCUCACGGAAAAAAAAUUAAACGAGGGGAAAUUUAUCGACGAAACGGAAUUUACUCGGUUGAAAAAUUCAUGUAAAAAUGAGAAAGAAACCGCGGAUUCGGAUUGCGAUUCAAACGCGGGUAAUCAAUUCGGUAUAAAUUUAUUCAAUAAGAAAAAUAAAACGGAAAACGAUGGGAAAACAUUUUCGAACGAUAAGAAAAAGUGUAAAAAUCAAGAAUCACUUCCGGUCCACAUCGGAAAUUUCAUAUCGAGAAAAGAAAAAUUAUUUAUUAAAAAACCUCCUAAUUCGUUGGAAAAAACAUUGAAUAAUUUAAACGCCGAUGAAGAAUCAAAUUCCGAUAGCGAAAGCAUAACUUGGUAA